AUGGCAAGAGGAAGGAAUGCACGAAGCUCUGACGCAAUCGCCGAUUUGCCUGAAAAUCAUCACAACCAACCGCACGAUGAUCCACUUGUCAUGGGAUCCGUCGCCCCCGCGACGGAAACCCUGGUUCCACUGGCUACCAGAGUCACUACCGGAAUGCCCCCACGAGCUCCGGCCCAACCUGUCGCCCCAACCGUCGGAGUAGAGGCGGUUCAGGCCUGGCAGCAGCGUCAGGAGGCUCUGGAGAAUACUGUUAGGCAGCUCGCUGAUGCGGUCAGGGCCCUUGCCCGAGCCCAGCUGCAAAUGGUCCUGAGACAACCAGAGUCGCUGUCACCCCGAAGACCUCGCCACCCGCGAGAGGAAAGACCCCCGCCAAACGAAAGAGAAGCCGAUAGAGUUCCUUCGCCAGAAAGGUCAGACACCGCCGUCGAGGAGUUGCUCCAAAGGGUGCAAGAACUGGAGGCACGACAAGGAGUUCGUGGCCAAAAUAGUGGCUACGGAGAACGGACGCCAUUCACAAAGGAAGUUGAACUCGAAGCUCUCCCUAGGAGAUUCAAGGUUCCGAGCAUACCACAGUACAACGGAGAUAGUGACCCCUAUGACCACCUGGACGCAUUCAAUGUCCAGAUGGAUCUGCAGACCACCAGCUCGAUGGUGAAGUGCCGAGUAUUCCCCGCGACCUUGGGCGACAUCCCGCGCGCCUGGCUCAGAAGCCUCCCGUCUCGCAGCAUUGGUAGUUGGGAAGAAUGCCAGCGAAAGUUCCUCGGGCAGUACAGAGCUCUAAGACGGCAGCUCGCCCCGCCGUGCCACCUCGCCACGGUCUUCCAAAGGUCGGGCGAGCCCCUCAAAGAUUACAUCGCCAAGUUCCGGCGCGAGGUGAGUAACGUCGAAAGUCCCUCGGAUGAAAGUAUCCUGACCGCCAUCUCGGCAAGUCUCAGGAAAGACGGGAAGCUCUACGAGAGCAUCUAUAAAUCCCCCGUUGCGGAUCUGGGAGAAUUCUAUGAACGAGCUGCAAAGGAGAUCCGGUGGGAAGAAGCAUUCGGGAAGAAGCCCGCCGGACAUAGAGAGGAAGUCGGAAGCUCUAACCGAGACGGGAAAAGGAACGACGGGGGAAACAGAAAGGACAACCGAGGAGAGCGGUCUAACAAUCAGGUAGCCAAGCGAGCUCGGCGGGAAGAACAAGAGGACCGACCUCCGAGACAAGGCCGUUUCAACAACUAUACGGCCCUAUCAGAUUCUCAAGAAAGGAUCUUCGCCAUGGAAAGGAGGAGAGAGGAUUUCGGGAGGCCAAACCCGAUAAAAACUCCCAACAAGUUCAGAAAUAGGGAGAAGUUUUGUGCGUAUCACAACGAGGUGGGGCACGACACCUCUGAAUGUUACGCUUUGAAGGAUGCAAUUGAAGAACUGAUUCGAGGGGGCCGGCUGCGAGACUAUGUGGUGCGACCUGCAAAUCAGCCACCACAGCAGGUGAAUCAACAACGACCGCCCCCCGAGGAUGAGCGCGCACCAGCAGUUCGGACGAUCUAUACGAUCCACGGCGAUCCUCACCUCGCAGGCACAUCGAACAGGUCGCACGAAAGGUAUGUACGCGAGGCUAAUCAUGUCUUAGUGGCAGGAUCUAACGAGCAGAUGGGAUCAUCAAAGCGAGCUAGGAUGGCAGUGAAAGAAAUCACUUUCUCCGAGGAGGACGCCAGGGACAUACACUGGCCGCACAAUGACGCCCUCGUCAUUCGCGCUCACAUCGGCAACAUGGAGGUGCGAAGAAUAAUGGUGGACACCAGCAGCUCGGUGAACGUGAUGUACAGGGCCUGUUUCGACCAGAUGGGACUCGGGCCCGAACAGUUGGGCCCAUCCCCAGAGCCACUUUUCGGGUUCACGGGAGAUGCAGUCGUCCCCAUGGGACGAGUUAAGCUCCCAUUCACAAUUGGGGGCGAAGGUCGUGAAGCCACAGCGCUUGCGGAGUUUCUGAUCAUUGACUGCCCCUCAGCAUACAACGUCGUGCUCGGGAGGCCGGUGAUGAACGAGCUGGAUAUGGUCACCUCGACCAGAGCGCUGACCGUCAAGUUUCCAACCACCAACGGAACUGGAUGCGUGCGGGGAGAGCAGCACCUCGCAAGACGUUGCUACGAGGACGCGGUCAAGAUGGGGACCAGAGGAAAGAAAGUAAACGUGGUCACAAAGGGAGCGCAGCGACCUUCAAGUCGGAGCGGGGUGAGUUACGACCUGGAUCCUAGAGAAGUGGAUUGCGACAAGGCCACCGGCCCGGUGGAAGAACUUGAAGAGGUCCCGAUCAGCGAGGUGGAUGCUGAAAGAUGCCUGAAGCUCGGGAAGAAUCUGGCCCCCGAGGUAAAACGCCAACUUAUUGAAUUCCUUAAGACUAACCUGGAUGUGUUUGCGUGGAAUCACGAAGACAUGGUGGGGAUAGCACCGGAGGUCAUGUCGCACAGACUCAACAUAGACCCCAGCUACAAGCCGGUGCGCCAGAAGAGGAGACUGAUGACUCCAGAACGCUACGCCGCCCUUAAAGAGGAGGUGGAUAAGCUCCUGGCUAAUGGGUUUAUCAGAGAGGCUCACUACCCAGUCUGGGUAGCCAACCCAGUGCUUGUAAAAAAGAAGAACGGGAAGUGGAGGACCUGCGUCGACUUCACCAACUUAAAUAAAGCCUGCCCGAAGGACAGUUUCCCCCUCCCAAGAAUUAACCAGCUCGUGGAUGCAACAGCGGGGCAUCAGCUCCUCAAUUUCAUGGACGCCUACUCGGGAUACAACCAGAUCCCCAUGAAUCCUAACGAGGAGGAACACACGUCGUUUAUCACCGAUCGCGGGCUAUACUGUUAUAAGGUCAUGCCGUUCGGGUUGAAGAAUGCUGGGGCGACCUACCAGAGACUUGUGAACAUGAUGUUCGAAGCGCAGAUUGGGAAAACAAUGGAGGUAUACGUUGACGAUAUGCUGGUUAAGUCUGAGCAGGUCGCAGAUCAUGCUCGUAAUUUGGGAGAAAAAUUCAAGAUCCUCAGGAGCUACAAUAUGAAGCUGAACCCACUAAAAUGUGCAUUUGGGGUGGCUUCCGGGAGGUUCUUGGGAUUCAUGGUCAACAGCAGAGGUAUCGAGGCCAAUCCAGAAAAAAUAAAGGCCCUUUUGGAUAUGAGGUCGCCUGUAAGAAUGAAGGACGUGCAGAGCCUAACCGGCCAGGUCGCUGCACUAAGCCGAUUUAUCGCCAAGGCAACCGACAAGUGCAUCCCUUUCUUCAAUACGUUACGAAAAGCCCAAGGUUUCAGUUGGAGUGAGGAGUGCGAGCUCGCCUUCCAGCAGUUGAAGGAGUAUAUGGGGCAAGCUCCGCUACUUUCAAAACCCCGAGAUGGGGAAAAACUGGUGAUCUACCUAGGAGUGUCGGCGCAUGCUCUCAGCGCAGCCUUGGUUCGGGAGGAAGAAGGGGUGCAAUACCCUGUUUAUUAUAUUAGCAAGAGGUUGGUGGACGCAGAAACGAGGUACACAUCGAUGGAGAAGCUCGCAUACUGCUUGGUCAUAGCAUCGAGGAAAUUACGUCCUUAUUUCCAGGCCCAUCAGAUCGAUGUUCUAACUAAGUACCCCUUGAGGCAGAUUUUGCAGAAGCCAGACACAUCGGGCCGCCUGCUGAAAUGGGCAAUUGAGCUCGCUCAGUUCGACUUGGAAUACAAACCAAGAGUGGCAAUCAAGGGGCAGGCACUGGCGGAUUUUAUCGCUGAAUUCACUGAAACGACCCAAGUAGAAGGAGAGACCUCGGAAGGACCGUCCUGGGAGUUGUACGUUGACGGGUCGUCGAGCGAGCAAGGAGCUGGGGCACGAGUUAUGCUAAUAAGCCCGGAGGGCCACAUAAUACUAUGCGCCCUGCGAUUCGAUUUUCGAGCUACCAAUAACGAGGCCGAGUACGAGGCGUUGCUCGCAGGGCUGCGCUUGGCAAAGGAGGUGCGAGGUGAAGCACUGAUAAUUUUCAGCGAUUCCCAGCUCGUUGUCAACCAAAUACGCGGGGAAUAUCAGGCGAAGGGGGUGAAGAUGGCAGCAUACCUGCUCAAAGUACGCGAAUUUCUAGUUCCUUUCCAACGGUUUGAGGUACGCCAAAUUCCACGCUCUCAGAAUUCCCAUGCAGAUGCACUGGCUCGGCUAGCUACUGCGCGAGAUACAGAGUUUCUAGGGGCUAUACCGGUGGAGUUUUUAGCCGUCCCUAGCAUGGAGCAACCGGCCGAGACGAUGGUGGUUCACGCAUCCCAGGGCUCAUGGAUGAGCCCCAUUCUGGCAUACCUACGGGAAGGAAAGCUAUCGACAGAUAAGCUAGAAGCGCGCAGACUGCGAGCUCGAGCCGUUCGCUACUGUAUCUACGAUGAGGUAUUGUAUAAGCGAGGAUUCACAGCUCCAUUGUUAAGGUGUAUUGAGGGCUCUGACUGUCAGACCGUGCUGGAAGAAAUACAUGCUGGGCAUUGCGGCAACCACGCCGGGGCUCUAUCACUAGCCCAGAAGGCCCUUCGGCAGGGAUUCUAUUGGCCUAUGAUGAAACAAGACGCGAUCAACUUGGUGAAAAAGUGUGACAAGUGCCAACGGUUCGCUAAUAUCCCGCGGGCUCCACCGGCCUACCUUCAACAGAUGAACAGCUCAUGGCCGUUUGUUGUCUGGGGUAUGGACCUGAUUGGGCCGCUCCCAACAGCUCGUGGCAAUUGCAAGCAUGCCAUCGUGGCAGUUGAUUACUUCACCAAAUGGGCCGAAGCGAAAGAGCUCGCUGAAAUCUCCAGCUCCAAGGUACAAAAAUUUGUCUGGAAUAAUAUCAUUUGCAGGUUUGGGGUCCCACAGCAGAUAGUCACAGACAACGGAACUCAAUUCACCAGCGAGCAAUUCAUCCAAUUCUGCGAAUCAUUGGGAAUCCAAAAGAGCUUCACGGCCGUAGACCACCCCCAGGCCAAUGGGCAGGUCGAAGCAGUCAACAAGAUAAUCAAGCACGCCCUGAAGACGAAGCUGGAAGACAAGAAGGGCCCUUGGGUGGACGAACUACAAACGGUGCUUUGGGCGUAUCGGACGACAGCUCGAACUAGCACACCUGAGACUCCUUUCUCGUUGGUCUAUGGGUCCGAGGCGAUGAUCCUAGCUGAACACAAGGUGACCAGUCAGCGAAGAGCCACCUUUAACCCAGAUGGAAAUGGCGAACUCCUAGCCGCGAAUCUAGAUCUACUUGAGGAGGCUAGAGACACAGCUCGCCUACGGAUCACCAUCUACCAGCAAAGGGUAACGCGUUACUACAACAGAAAAGUUCGGGUCAGACGGUACAAGCUCUGA